UCACAGUGUGGGAAGAGCUUCAGGUACCAGUGUCAUCUCAAAAUACACCAGCGCAUUCACACUGGAGAGAAACCGUAUCAGUGCUCACAGUGUGGGAAGAGCUUCAGUACCCGGGGUGCUCUAAAAAUACACCAGCGCAUUCACACUGGAGAGAAAUUGUAUCAGUGCUCACAGUGUGGCAAGAGCUUUAAGUUUCAGAGUGCUUUCAAAAGACACCAGCACAUUCACACUGGAGAGAAACCAUAUCAGUGCUCACAGUGUGGGAAGAGUUUUAAUCAACAGAGUGCUCUCAAAACACACCAGCGCAUUCACACUGGAGUGAAACCAUAUCAGUGCUCACAGUGUGGGAAGAGCUUUAGGUGUCUGGGUGCUCUUAAAAAACACCAGCGCAUUCACACUGGAGAGAAACCAUAUCAGUGCUCACAGUGUGGAAAAAGUUUUAAUCAACAGACUUAUCUCAAAAUACACCAGCGCAUUCACACUGGAGAGAAACCGUAUCAGUGUUCACAGUGUGGAAAAAGUUUUAAUCAACAGAGUCAUCUCAAAAAACACCAGCGCAUUCACACUGGAGAGAAACCGUAUCAGUGCUCACAGUGUGAGAAGAGUUUUAACAGACAGGAAUCUCUUAAAAAACACCAGCGCAUUCACACUGGAGAGAAACCGUAUCAGUGCUCACAGUGUGAGAAGAGUUUUAAGCAACCGGGUAAUCUCAAAACACACCAGCGCAUUCACAGAGGAGAGAAACCGUAUCAGUGUUCACAGUGUGGAAAAAGUUUUAAU